UCCAGGCCCCGCGACUAGCUACUUCCCUCAGGCCCUCGUCGCUCGAUCUCGUCACCGUUAUGUGGGAAGCGAAUCCAGAGAUGUUUCACAAAGCAGAAGAAUUCCUAUCCAAAACAACAGAGAGUGAAGUGGAUGACAUGGACACAUCAGACACCCAGUGGGGCUGGUUCUACUUGGCAGAAUGCGGGAAGUGGCACAUGUUUCAGCCGGAUACCAACAUUCAGUGUUCAGUUAGCAGUGAAGAUAUCGAAAAAAGCUUCAAAACAAACCCUUGUGGCUCCAUUUCUUUUACUACUUCCAAAUUCAGCUACAAGAUAGACUUUGCAGAUUUAACUGAAGUUCAAGAGGCUCUGGAACUCAACUUUAACCUUUCUGGAACACCAAGUUAUAUCUGUGAAAACGAGGCUAUCCCUAUGCCGCCACACUGGGAGAACGUGAAUCCUGAAGUACCUUAUCAGCUCAUUCCUCUGCACAGUCAAACACAUGAAUAUAAUGAAGUUGCUAGUCUCUUUGGUAAAACAAUGGAUCGCAACCGAAUUAAAAGAAUUCAGAGAAUUCAGAACCUAGACUUGUGGGAGUUCUUCUGCAGGAAAAAGGCUCAACUCAAGAAAAAAAGAGGUGUGCCUCAGAUUAAUGAACAAAUGCUAUUUCAUGGUACCAGCAAUGAAUUUGUGGACGCAAUUUGCAUUCAUAACUUUGAUUGGAGAAUAAAUGGUAUACAUGGUGCUGUCUUUGGAAAAGGAACCUAUUUUGCUAGAGAUGCCGCUUACUCCAGUCGCUUCUGCAAAGAUGACAUAAAGCAUGGAAACACAUUCCAAAUUCAUGGUGUCAGCUUGCAACAGCGGCAUCUAUGUAGAACAUAUAAAUCUAUGUUUCUUGCUCGAGUGCUAAUUGGAGAUUACAUAAACGGAGACUCCAAAUACAUGCGACCUCCUUCCAAAGACGGGAGCUAUGUGAAUUUGUAUGACAGCUGUGUGGAUGAUACCUGGAAUCCAAAGAUCUUUGUGGUGUUUGAUGCCAACCAAAUCUACCCUGAGUACUUGAUAGACUUUCAUUGAUUUUCCUUCCAAAUCUCAGUGGUCAAGGAAGUUUUAUUCUUUUUUGCAGGAAGAUUUGCUCUCCCAUCAUCUAGCUACUGUGUUAAUUAUCUGAUACUUUGAAACAUAAGAAAGAAAAAAUGGCCUCCAUAUAAAAAGACAUACUGAUUU